CCUCAUAUAUAUAUAUUCAGGAUACAUAAUUUACCAUUCCUUCUGGUUCAGGAUUGGUUAAGGAUCUUACACGUGUCUUGUAUUCGGGUCUUUAAAUUUGCCCAAGCUGGUGGGCUAAUAAUGCUGGUGCUCAGUCUGGUCUUUUACACCUCUGUUAAGAAGACAUAGCAAGGAGUGAAAAAUAAGAUUUCAACAAUGAAGUCUUUAUUUGGCGGUCUCCUCUUCUGCUUCUCCCUCUUGGCGGUUCAAGUUCAUGGAACUAAUUUCAGGUUUUAUGGCUAUGAGCCACAGAGGAUUUCUGCAGCUAUCCCGUACACCAGUCCUGUCCAAGCAGCUCAGAAUGCCAUUAGUGCAACAGGGAUACAGUGCAAGAGCCGCCCCUUGGACCUGGUCUUAAUAAUCGACAGCUCCCGCAGUGUGCGUCCAGGGGAGUUCGAGAAAGUUAAGAUCUUCAUUUCAGACAUGAUCGACACCUUGGACAUUGGCCAGUAUGCCACAAGAGUGGCAGUCAUAAACUAUGCCAGCACGGUCAAAAUUGAGUUCCACCUCAAGACCUACUUUAACAAAGUAGAUAUGAAGCAGGCUGUGUCCCGGAUCAAGCCCCUUUCGACAGGCACCAUGAGUGGCUUGGCCAUUCGGACUGCCAUGAACGAGGCUUACACAGAGGAAGCUGGAGCACGGCCGCGGUCCCAGAAUAUCUCCAAGGUGGCCGUCAUUGUGACAGAUGGGCGGCCGCAGGACAAGGUCCAGGAGGUGUCAGCCCAGGCCAGGGCCUCUGGAAUGGAGAUCUAUGCCAUUGGUGUGGACCGGGCCGAUAUGCAGUCCCUGAGGCUGAUGGCCAGCACGCCUCUGGAUGAGCAUGUCUUCUAUGUGGAGACCUAUGGUGUGAUAGAGAGGUUCACCUCCCAAUUUAGGGAGACACUAUGCGGUCUGGAUAUUUGCUCCCUUGAAACCCAUGGAUGUGAACAUAUUUGCGUGAGCACCACAGAUUCCUAUUACUGCAAGUGUAAGGAUGGGUAUAUCUUGAAUGAAGACAAGAAAACGUGCUCAAGUCUGGAUAUUUGCUCCCUUGAAACCCAUGGAUGUGAACAUAUUUGCGUGAGCACCACAGAUUCCUAUUACUGCAAGUGUCACGAUGGGUAUAUCUUGAAUGAAGACAAGAAAACAUGCUUAAAAGAAGUAAAGGCAGUCGUGACUGUUGACCCAUGCAAGUGCGAGUCACUCUUGCAUUUCCAGAAGACGGUUCAGUCUACCAUACAAUCCCUGGCCAGCAGACUAGAAGAAAUGACAAAAAGGGUGCAACAAUACGAAGAAAGGGUGCCGCACGUCUAGAGCAUGAAGAGCCAAGUGUUUUCCCAGGCAUCAGCGGGAAGAUCAGUUUCAUUGAGCAAAGUUUAGUUGCCUCAUACUUUUGUGGUCGGAUUCCAUGAAACUGUCGCUAGCGAUGCACCCAUUUAUAACCAUCCAAAUACACCCAUGCCAUUUUAUUCUUCACAGUACCUGUAAACAUUACAAUUGCAACAUGCUGUCUAAAAGUUUGAAAAGCGUACCACUGAUUACACUAGAUAUAUGAAAUCAAAAACAAUACAAACAAGUCAGGUGGUGUUUAAACGUACUAGAAUAAAGCUUAAUAAAGGCUAUUGCUAUUCUACAUCAGAUUCAUAGGACACUAUGUGACAUUCUGUGUACAUAUAUAUUGUACACACAUCUGUGCAAAGCUCACCUGGGGAUUACUCUUAGAUUUGGCACAAGUAAUGAAUUUGUAAUAUUUUUGUAUCAAUAUGGUAAGCAUUUUAUUUGUAAGCUUUGAGUAGUUUUUAUUUAAAUGUAAAAUGAGAGUGUUGAUAGAUAUACAUUUAAA